CGUUUGUUUAUUUGUUUACGUGAGUUUGGCGCGCAUUUUAUUCGAUCGGUCGUUUGCAUUCCCAUAAAACGCAGUGCGUCCAAACAAUUCCAAGUUGCUUCUAUUAAAUAGUUGUAAAAAUGCCUGAACUGGAAGAUUCUACCGUGAAACCAAAAGCAACGUUCGAUCCCAACAUACUGCAGGACCUGUUGCCACUCUACUACAAACGAUUGUUCCCCCACAAGCAGUUUUACCGGUGGAUGUCGUACGGACGCUCCGAAUCGUCCGUGUUUUCGAACCGAGAAUUUUCCUUCACCCUGCAGGACGACAUCUACAUACGCUACCAAUCGUUCGAGACGCAGCAGGAACUGGAGCGGGAAAUAUGCUCGAAAGCGCCGUUCAAGAUCGAUAUCGGUGCGGUGUACAACAUCCGGCCGAAGGAUCACCGGGGCAGCACCGCCAUCCAGCCGGUCCAGCGCGAGCUGGUGUUCGAUAUCGACAUGACCGACUACGACGACAUUCGCACGUGCUGCAACGAGGCAAACGUGUGCCAGCUGUGCUGGAAGUUUAUGUCGAUUGCGUGCCGCGUGCUGGACGAGGCGCUGCGCGAAGACUUUGGCUUCGAGCAUCUGCUGUGGGUGUUCAGCGGUCGGCGUGGCAUCCAUUGCUGGGUAUCGGAUAAGGCGGCCCGCCAUCUGGAUACGGCCGCCCGGUCCGCCAUCGCCAUGUACCUGAACCUGCUGAUAUCGGGCGGCGAGGGAACGGCUUCGCGCGUCAUCAUACACGACGAGAUGCACCACAGCGUGCGGCGCGCCUACCGCAUCGUUGCGCCACUGUUCGAAGAGAUCUGCCUGGUGGAUCAGAACAUGUUCGGCAAGCCGGAGGGCGUGCGGAAGCUGCUGGCGCUCGUGCAGGAUGCAUCUGUGCGGGCGGAGCUGGAAAAGCGCUUCAAAGCGGUGGCGAACGAUUCGAAGGGCGUGUGGAAGGAGUUCGUGGCGUACUUUGACGAACUACGCAUGUCCGGCAACAGCAACAGGUACCGGCGGUUCAAGUUCAUCGUGGAGGAAGUAACGCUUGCGUUCACCUACCCGCGGCUCGACAUUAACGUCACGAAGGGCUUUAACCAUCUGCUGAAGUCGCCCUUCUGCGUGCAUCCGAAGACGGGCAAGGUGUGCAUACCCUUCAACCCGAACAUUGCCUCCAAGUUUGAUCCGACCGAUGUGCCAACGAUAAUCGAUCUCCUGAAGGAAGUGAACGCAUUCGACGAAAAGAACACGGUGGAGGGCGAGGAGAACAGGUCGAAGAUUAAGGACUACAAGAAAACGAGCAUGUUCAAGGGAACGGUCAUAUUCGAGGAGUUUCUCCGCAAGCUCGAGCAAACGUUCAAAGGCAAGGCGGCGGCACUGAGCGACAUGAAGAUGGAGUUCUAAGUACGGUCUCGGGUGUUACAUUUCGUCGCUGCGUGGCUUAAAUAAAUGCCGGCCCAGGGCGGAUAAGGUGAGCACACGCACACCCUGUUCAUUGCCCGGCGUAUGUCGUAA